AUGACAACAUCAUAUCUAAGUAAUGAUAAAGAGUUCAAUAAGUUCUUGGAUGAUACUUUAGCACCUAUAUGUGAUGUAGAUCCCAAAUCAUUGGCAGAGUACAUUGUUGCUCUGUUGUCCUCUGGUAAACGGUCGGCAACAGAGUUGGAGCAGCUGAUGUUGAACGAUCUGAAAGAGUUCUUGGAGUCAAACACACAGUCGUUCAUCAAGAAGUUGUUGGACUACUUGCACAAUGAUGGAUACUUUGAGCGCAGUGGCACGACGUCCCCUCCCAUCACCAACUCAUCACACACACCAUCAGACUCUCGCUCACGGUCCAUCUCGCCCGGCUCUGGCGACCGUGAUCGUGACCGCGAGCGCGACAGAGACAGCGACAGGAGCAGUAAACGCAGUUCAAGGUCCCCCUCACCGCGCAGGUCACGUGAGAGAGACAGAGAUAGAGAUAGAGACUAUGGUAGAGAUAGAGAUAGAGAAUAUGGACGAGAUAGAGAUAGAGAUAGAGAUAGAUAUACACGUGACAAUAGAGAAUAUUCAAGAGAUAGUAGAUCAAGCGAACAUAGAAGGUCUUCAUCACAUAGGGAUGAUCGCGAUGAUGAUCGGUAUCCUGAUGAUGAUCAACAUCAACAACAGCAUCACUCGAGUAUGAAGCGCAAGAGUACAGAGGGCGAGUACUACGAUAAUGACAGGAGGAAGAAGUACACGAAUAACUCAUCAUCAGGCGGUGGCAGAGGUGGUGGCUCGCGAUACGCUGGCAAUGGCAGUCCGUCAAGGUACUCGAAUGGAGUCUCAGGUGACGAGCAGUUUGACCCAUCAACCAAUCCAAUGGCUUAUGGCGGCGGUGGCGGCGGCAAACGUGGUCCACCACCUUAUGGUGGUGGCGGAUACCCACCUCAUCAACCUCCAUACAUGAUGCAACCUGGUGGGGAGCCUGUACCAUUUGGAAUGAAUCCAAUGAUGAUGAUGAUGGCAGCGCAACAACAGCAACAACAGCAACAACAUCAGCAACAACAACAAUUCAAUGACCCGAAUGGAGGUGGCUUUGACAUGAAUAUGCCGAUCGAUGGCAACAGCGAUAUUUUAGCCGGUCAGUUCAACUAUCAGGGCCGAUCACACAUGGGCGGAGACAGGAGACCAAGGGGCGGUGGUCAUCACCAGCCUCGCGAGCCACGAGAGCCUCGUGAGCCACGUGAACCACGCCAGCCCAAGUGGGCAGGCACCUCAUCAACAUGUCCCGACGCCACAUCGACUGUGCUGGUUAUCACAAACAUACCUGCGCCACUAAACACAGAGGAAGCGAUCAAGGAGCACUUUUCAAAGUUUGGAGACAUUGUCAAGAUCGAGAAGAUCAACGUUGGACAGGCGUCAAUCGAGUUUGCCACAAACGCCGACGCGCAAAAGGCAAUGAAGUCGCCAGAGGCCAUCAUGAACAACCGAUUCAUCAAGCUGUUCUGGCAGCAAUCAUACACGGGCAAGAAGACCAAGUUUGAGGAGAACCAGGAGCGACAGGAGAAGCUGCAUGCGAAGCGCGAGGAGGAUGCCAAGCAGCUGCAAAAGAAGGAGGAGGAGCUGAUGAGACGACUAAAGGAGAGCAAGAGUCUGCAGCUGUCACGGCAGUUGAAGGACCGCAACGACGAACUGAGGGCCAACCAGAUGAAGCUGCAUAAGGAGCUGCUUGAGAAACUGGAGGUGGCCACGGACGAGAAGGAGCGCGAGCAAAUCAAGGAGACAAUCAAGAAUCUGGCAAAGAGUAUAGAGGAGAGCAUUGCCAAGUCGACACAACAUCAACAACAAAUCAUACAGAAACAACAGGCCAUUCAACAGCAACAACUGUUGCAGCAACAACAACAACAGCAACAACUACUUCAAGAGUCUCAGCAACAGCAGAGUAUGAAUGUGGCACAAGGUGAAGGCAAUGAUAAUGAUGAUGUGGAGAUGAAGACAGAUACGACAACACCACCUUCAAACAAUGGCAACAACAACAACAAUGAUAAUAUCGACAACAACAACAACAACAACAACAGUGAUAACAACGAUGCUCAACUGAUGGAGAAGCUGAAAAGGUUGGAGUCAGAGGCCAAGAGUCUUGGAAUUGAGCUACCAGAGGGCCUCAAUAGUGCCACUGGCGACUCUUUAUCCUCACCAACGACCAUCGCAAUUGGACAACCACAAACAUCACUGCAGCCACAACCCUUGCUGCAAGCUCCUCGUCCAUCAAUUGCCAAGAAGUAUGUUGCCCCUAUACCAAAGAAGCCCGCUGCGCCAUUGGCCAAACACAAGAACAUAUCACUUGUGCUUGAUCAUCGAUCAACCACCAUCCUUAUCGCCGAUCCACCCGAGAACUUUAAGAAGGAGACAGUCCUUCGCGCACUCUUCCCCAACAUUGUCUCUGUAUCCGUCAGUGACAAAGGAGUUGAAAUCAAGUUUUCCAAACGAGAGUUUGCGGAAAGAGUAUUCUUGGUCGCCAAGAGCUAUAAAGGGCAGACAUUGAACAUCACUUGGGUGGAGAAUGAGGUCAAGCCCAACAUGGAGAAGAAGGACACUUCAGCGGAUGGCAAUGACUCGAUAGAUCACCAUGAUGAUGAUGACGAAGACGAAGACGAUGAUCAUAUGGGCGAGCGUUCGUGGAAGCAUUGA